CCAAAACAUUGGUUUAAUAUAGACCACACGCACGCAGUGUUAAAUGAACUGUUUAUCAGUGACCACAUAUUGCAAAUAAUAAUAAAACUUGAAAUGACUAUUAUUUUAUAUUACAUUCCGCUGAGCCCUCCUGCAAGGGCAGUGCUAAUGACGGCUGAAAUUUUGGGUAUUGACAUUGAAAAAAGGGAAGUUGACUUGUCUUCUGGGGAACACUUAUCCGAAGAAUAUAGAACGUUAAAUCCCCAACACACAGUUCCAACUCUGGUAGAUGGUGAAACAGUUAUUUGGGAUAGUCAUGCAAUUAUUGCAUAUCUGGUAAGAAAAUAUGGAAAAAACGAUUCCUUAUACCCAAAAGAUUAUUCCAUAAGAGCUCUGGUCGACCAAAGAUUACAUUUUGAAGGAAGCGUCGUUUUUAUUUCUGUCAGACAAAUUGUGAGGUCAAUGUUUUUUAAAGGAUGUAAGUCAAUUUCCGAAGAGCACCGCCUGAAUGCUUACGAAGCCCUGGACUUUCUGGAUAAAUUUUUGAAAGGAAAAAAGUUUGCAGCCGGAGAUAAUCUUACUCUAGCUGACAUCAGUUUGGUUUCCUCGAUUUCUUCUUUAAAUGUUAUUAUACCAAUUGAUAGGCAGAAAUUUACAAACGUUGCCCGGUGGUUUGAUGAAGUUUCCGCUUUACCUUUCUACAAAGCAAAUGUUGAAGGAUUAAAUGAUUUUAAAGUAUUUAUGACUGGAUUAAUGUCUUAGGAUAUAACUAAAUAAAUAAUAGUUAUUUGUAUUUGUAAAUAAAACGUUUGAAAUA